ACAGGUCUGAAACAGAGCUGUCCCACAGUUUCAGGAGUCUGGAUUGUUAUUUCUCAUCCGAACCUGGUAGGUCAGCAUGGGUUACAGGACUGUGGUGAUGUACACAGAGAUAGGCUGCUUUGUGGUCUGUGUGGCCGGAUGGAUCCUGGUCUGUUCCACGCAGCCUACUGAGAUCUGGACCUGGUCUGAAGUCAGCAGUAUUGUCAUAACAUCAGGGAACUACUACUCCAAUCUGUGGAAGGACUGUGUUUCAGACUCUACAGGAGCAUCUGACUGCAAGGAAAUCCCAUCACUGAUGGCGCUGAAUUGGGACAUUCACAUGUGCCGAGCUCUCAUCAUCAUCUCUAUUAUCUUGGCCUUCUUCGGAUCCAUCUUGGUCUUAGUGGGAAUGAAGUGCACUAAGAUUGGGGGCUCAGAGAUCACCAAUGCAAAAGUAACCUUUGCUGGAGGGAUGAACUACCUUAUAGGAGGCAUGUGUGCAAUGGUGGCGUUCUCAUAUUAUGCAAACAAAAUCAGAUCAGAGUUUCACGACCCAUACUAUAAUCAACAGAAGUUUGAGAUAGGUGUUGGAGUCUUCAUCGGCUGGGGUGGUUCCACUUUACUUGUUUCUGGAGGCCUUAUUUACAGUGUUUUAGCAGGGAGGGAAGCCUUCAACUCAAAACCAGAGAAAUACUCCACCACCCGGUACCCUGACUACACGUUUGUUCCAUCGAGAAGGAGCUACGCGUCAUCAGCUCGCACAGAGAUCACAGGAACCAGGAAAUCAAGGGGUUCAAGCAGAAGCAGCAUCUCUGCCAUUUCCAGCACCACCAAGCAGACGCCCAGCAAUGCUUGAGUCUGACUUUUCUUUAAAGUAGGGAAAUGAUCUACAAUGCCAUGAAAAAGUAUUUGCUCCACUUACAGAGUGUAUCUGUUUUUGCUUUUUUGUCAUAUUUACAUGUUUCAGAUCAUCCAACAUAUUUUAAUAUCAAACAAAGAUAGCCUGAGUAAAUACAAAACAUAGUUUUCUACUGAUGAUUUCAUUAAUUAAGGUAAAAUCAUGAAUUAACUGACUAAUCUGAUUUUUAACCUAAACUUUUGGUGUUGCUUCACUAGUCCCACCUAGGAACUGAAAACUGCCAGACUUACAGAUAAAUCACUUAAACAGAACCUGUCUGGCAACACGGAGUAGGUUAAACAAUCUCAAUUACAUCAUGCUUUGAUCUAAAGAAAUUAAAGGACAGAUGAGAAACAAAGUCGAUGAUAUUGAAAAGUCUGGAAGGAGUAACAAAGUUAUUUCUAAAGCUUUGGGACUCCAGGGAACCACAGUGAGAUUCAUUAUCCACACAUGGAGAAAAUACGGAGAAGUUGUGACACUUCCCAGGUUCAAGGUUGAAGGCAUAUGUAUUAUUCUCAAGAGGGAAUAUGUUGUACAGCAGUCAUUAGAAAACAGAAUAUAACAAACAAACAAAGAAUGGGCCAGCGUUCCAACAUUACCCAUGUGUGUCCUGUUAGAUCUGGCAAAAAACAAACAGAAUUAAAAAAAAUAACACGAUGCCUACAAUCAAGCACGGUGGUGGUAGUGUGAUUGUCUGGUCCUGCUUUGCUGCUUCAGGGUCUGGACGACUUACUGUAACUGAUGGAGCCAUGAAUUCAAUAUUUUCAUUUGGAGCUUUACCAGAAAAUCCUGAAGGAGAAUGUCCACCUAUCAGUCCUUGACCUUAACCACAUUCGGGUUAUUCUGCAGAACAAUCAUCCAAAGCACACCAGCAAGUCCACAUCUGAAUGGCUCGACAAUAAUCAAAAUUAAGCUUUUGGGGUGGCCUAGUACAAGUCUGGGCUAAGUCACAUUAAACAGGCCCUUCAUAAUUACAAAUGAUGUGUUUAUAUUUUUAUGGCUAAAUUUAAACAAUUUUGCGAAAAAGAGUGGACCAGAAUAUUCUCUACAGCUAUGUAAAAGAGUUAUUGUCAGGGAUCACAAACACUGACAAAAGCAAUUAUCUGGUUUAGGGGCAAGUAAUUUUCACACAGGGCCAAAUCAAUUGCUUUUUGUAUUUAUUUAUUUGGGUUAUCUCGGUCUGAUAUUAAAAUUUGUUUGAUGAUGCGAAACAUUUAGGCUUCAAGAAAAGCAAAACCAGAGAAAGUCUUUAAUAGGGCAAAUACUUUUUUACAGCACUCUAUCUCCAUGAAAAGCUAUGCUUUCAAAGUAAUAUAAUUUCAUAACCUCGGUUGGAUUAUACGUAUUGUCCUCAUGAACCAUAAGAAUUUAUAGGCCAGAAAAUCUAAAUGUUGCCUUUAAAUACUUUAAUCAACCAUUGUAACUUGAAAUGAUUUUUAAGGAUUACUUAUAUUCCCAAAAGCAACAAAUUCCUGUUACUAAUAACAAGUCGUUUUUUGAAUGCCUACAAUUUAAAUGAGUUAGAAGCAAUCAAUAAGUUAGGCAAACCGAUUUUUGUUUGUUUUGUUUAGAACGUUUUGCUAAUGGAUCAAAUUUGUGAAGAUAAUACAAUUAUUUUUGUCUAAUUGUUUUGUGAAAACUUUUAAAAUUUGCUCUAAUUUAAGACAUAUGUUUGUUGUUUUAGAUAAACGCUGGAAAGUUUGCAGCACCCCUUACAAAGAUGCCUUAAAAAGCCUCAAAAUAAAUUAAUAUUUUACUGCAAUAACAUAAACUGAACAUUGUAAAAAAGUCCAACCUUUAGUUCAUGUACAUUCAUCGAGAAAUAUUUGUUUUUUGACCAAAGAUCACCAGUGCUACUUUUAAAUGUGUACUCUAUUUUUCUAAGUUGAUCGGAACUUUGAACGGUGAACUUUUAAAGUAGUAAUGAAUGACUUUCUGUUUUCCUGGAGAACAACUAACACCUGAGACAGAGGCCCAUUUCUCUUAGCCACUCUUCAAAAUGGGAAAGACAAGACAACAUGGCAUUCGAGAAAGACAUGUUUGCUGAUCUACUGUCAGAGCAAUGCUUAAAAGGUUUGCUGGAACAGCUGAAACUGUGACAAACAAGGCUCACCUACAGGUGGGAGGAUUGUUAAGGAAGCUAAAAAAAGAAAACUACAAACCUCCCUGUUAGAGCUGCAGAGCUGUCAGUGAGAGAUUAUAUUAAUGCAAUAAAAUAUUAACUCAUUUAAGUCUAUUUAGUUUUUACACAUCUUUAUCAGGGGUACUAAACUUGCAAUAUCUUGAUUUUCAAAAGACGUGAUCCAUACUGAUUUAAGAUUUACAGUAAUACAUCUUAAAGCAGAGGAAAAUGUGUUUGAUUAACUUAACGGUUUGAUAAAACACUGCAAUGCUGUGCAAGAACUUUAAGAUUAAUAAUUAAUGGACAAGAAAUGUUUAUGGACUCAAAGCAAAGUUGUGUGUACUUUGCUGCAAGGCUUCAAACAGAGUGGAGAUGGUUAACUCAAAGCAAUAAAUAAUUUAUUCAACCUGCAA